AUGAGCCUGAUACCUGACGCCCAUCACCCGUUCCUCUCAUCUUGGAGCUGUUCUUUGGGAUCAACACAGGCAUGGCACCAUUCCCCAACCCGGUCGGAACAACAUUUCGAGCAAAGUUUGGGAAACGGCAUGCACAUCAAAGUCCACCACGAUUGCUCCUGUCGAAUGGUCUGGUCGUCUCUUCUCCUGAAAUGCAUGCAGCAGUGCCGGAAAGAAGUCCACGGGUGGCGUUCCUGUAUGACAGGGCACGCCGCACACGGACGGCCGUCGCGGAGAUGGAUUCCCACUCUUCUGCGCGACGAAAUUGGACAGGACCCGGCGACCUCACGACACGAUCCACACACCCGUGGGUUGGCCCAACCCACACGCAGCAUUGCUCACUUACGUUUGGCCCCAUGGGUUGGGUUGCUGUCGGUUUGCUGUCCCGAUGACGAGAGCAAAGGGCACCGGGGCCGGGGCAAGCCUUAG